AUGGCCAAUAAAAUUAAGAAGGAACAAUUAAAUUUGGAUGAAGAAAUCUUAGCUCCCUAUACCCACCUCAUACAAAUUCGGGGAAAGGAACUUCGACAACAAUUAGUGAGAUCCUUCAACUAUUGGCUCAAGGUCCCUGAUAUUCAACUAAAUAAUGCAAUCGAUACCAUGACAAUGCUGCACAAUGCCAGUUUACUGCUUGAUGACGUCCAAGACAAUUCUCUAACCAGGCGAGGACUACCUUCAGCUCAUUGUGUAUAUGGAGUUGCGUUAGCAUUAAACGCUAGCGCACAAAUAGCGAUGAAGGCUGUUCUUAAAGCCUCGGAACUCGUACCCAGCAGAGAAGGAGCCGAAAUAAUCGCAAGGCAGUUUAUAGAUGCCCUUACCGGCCAGGGCUAUGAGAUCUACUGGCGUGACAAUUGCGUUUGUCCUGAUGAGAAGACAUAUCUUAAGAUGCUUUCUCUAAAAACUGGUGCUAUGCUUUUACUUGGAGUAAAAUUGAUCCAGCUGUUCAGUGAAAAUAAGACAAAUUACGACGAUUUUGUUAUGAAACUUGGGCUUUAUCUCCAACUAAGGGAUGACUAUUGCAAUAUGGGACAUGAGAAGGAUUUAGAAGAAAUGCCAGGAGAGGAAGACGUCAAUGCUGACAAAGAUGGGUAUAUCUUAGAAGAUAUAACAGAGGGCAAGUUCACGUUGCCUGCGAUAUACGCCAUGAAGACUCCAGAAGGACCGCAAGAACUGCUCGCACCUUUCACACAUCUCCUCCAAGUAACGGGCAAGCGUUUCCGUAACAAAAUCGUAUUGGCAUUCAAUCACUGGCUAAAAGUACCCGAAGAUCAAGUACAGAGUGCUAUGGAUGUUAUGAAUACUCUGCAUGUUGGAUCUUUACUACUUGACGAUAUCCAAGACAACGCUUUAUCACGUCGAGGACUUCCUGCUGCUCACUGUAUUUAUGGACUUCCCCUUACAUUAAAUGCUACCAUGCAAGUGGUUAUUAUGUGCUUUCAAAAAGCUAUAGAUUUGACUCCUAGUGGAGAGGGUGGCCACAUAUACGUUAGUCAGGUGCAUGAUGCAAUAAUCGGUCAAGGUUUUGAAAUUUACUGCCGAGACAACUACAUAUGUCCAACCGAGGCGGAGUACAAGAAAAUGGUCGAAAGAAAAACUGGUUGUAUGUUAUUAUUGGGAGUCAAAUUGAUGCAACUAUUUAGCGAAAAUAAACAAAACUAUGAUGACUUUGUUAGACUUCUCGGAUAUUACUUCCAACUGAGAGAUGAUUAUUGCAAUUUAAGACAGCAAGAGGCACUGGAAGAGUGGCCCGGAGAAGAAGACACACAACGCACUCGUAAUGUGGAGUUAAAGAAGUAUUGCCUUUCGUUGAUGGAGAAAUCUGGAAGUCUACAGUAUACGAAAGACUUGCUGUCUGAGUUGGACCGAGAGGCAAGGAAAGAGAUAAACAUCGCGACAAUUGCUCCGUAUCUAUCUUUGGUACAAUCAACAAUUGUUUGGGCUAUUCCAACGAUUGUAGCCACAUUGCUAUCACAAGAAGCUUCUAAGAUUAAACUUAUAUUGCAUAAUAGAAUAUCAAACGAAUAUGAAAAUCAUACAGUAGAUAGGAGUGAAAUCCUAGCUAUGGAGAGGUUUUCCAGCUACGUAGAUGCAAGACCGUUCAAGUUUUACAUGUUUUCCAUUGUCCCUAUGGACCUUGCAUUACUUGUAAUAGUUUUGGACUCAUGCAUUUCUUACCUCGUAAUUACUGUGCAGUUAACACACCUUGUAUAA